AUGAAACAGCAAAAUAUUAUUUCCUCAAUACUAAUCGAAGCUCCCCCAAUACAUAUUUUUACAGUCUCUAAUUUACGGAGAUUUGCUUAUUACGCUGCUGCUUCUUAUUGUAAUCUUUCUCUUAAUAAUUGGGACUGUGGAGAAGUCUGUAAGGCAACCGAGGGUACCCAAUUUGUUAAAAUGUUUAAUGAUGAUGAAUUUAACACAAAAGGUUAUAUAGCCUUGGAUAAACAAAACAAACUUAUCAUCGUAGCAUAUAGAGGAACGAUACCAGGAAGUAUUAAAAAUUGGCAUGCUGAUUUGGCUGCUUAUCAAGAUUCUUAUAACCCUGUGCGUGGUGUUAAAGUACACCAUGGAUUUUACAAACCUGUACGUGGUGUUAAAGUUCACCAUGGAUUUUACAAAACUUUUAAGAGACUUCAACCCAAAAUUACUGAUGUUGUUAUAAGAUUACACCAAAACAAUCCCAAUUUCAGGAUCGGACUUAUAGGUCACAGUUUAGGUGGUGCUCUUGCUGCACUUUCAGCAUUAGAUUUAAUGCAAAAAGUUCCACAUUUGGUUAACAAUGAUGCAUUGUUCCUUUCUACAUUUGGUCAACCAAGAGUUGGCAAUAGUAAUUUUGCUGAAUAUGUUGAUAAUAACCUAAAAUUAAUAGCAAGAACUAUAGUUCAUGGUGAUCCAGUUCCUCGUUUGCCUUCAUCAAAUCCAAUUCCAUAUUUUGGGUCUUAUAAACAUUUUGGUGAAGAAUUAUAUAUAAAUAAUCCUAAUGAAGAUCCAAAUAGCUUUAUUUAUGAGAGCUUGUUCUGA